AUGGUAACCACAGAACCCAAGAAUGAGCACAGAGCGCUCACAGUCUGGGGCCUUGGCCAGGUGGUAACCGCCUCGAUCUUAGCUAGGCACCCGGGGGCUCACUCUCCGAGGGGCUUCCUGCCGCUCACAUUCCCACCUGAAGUGGCCCUCUUCACGCUAGUUAUAGCAGAUGAUACCAGCCGCUCCCCUUCGCACGGAAACCCGGCCACCGACAACCCUCUGCGCAGUGCGUCCCCUGGGGGCCGUUGUACCAUGCUGAGGGAGGAGGUCGUUUGGGCAUUGCUGUUCUUGUCUGGAGUUGCUGGAGUCAGAGUAACAAUCACACAAACGCCCCCGCGGGUCACUGUUACCGAAGGUGGAUCGGUACAACUGAACUGUUCUUUCUGGUGGAACUUGGGGCAAGAAGAAAAUAAACCACUUUAUUCCAUCGAUUGGUACAAAGACGAGGAAAGUGCUUUACUUUGCAACAAAACCGCAGCAUACAAUGGCCGCCUUCUGAAAAGUUAUACUGAGGGCUUUCUGUCGGAACGGGCGUCCAUAACCAUCCUUGAUCUGAAACUAAAUGAAACCGGGAAAUACUACUGCAAAAUUCAGACUUUGAACGCUGAAACUGCUACUGGAACCGGGACAGAAAUCACAGUGAAACAGCAUGAGGACUCCAUACAGAAGAAUGUCUAUCUUCCUGAGCUUUUCGCCUUACCUGCUGUAGUCCUCACGUUGGCGCUUGUUGUGGUCAUUUAUAUCCUGCGCCGCUGUCGAUCUCCAGAUAAAAGAUCUGGAAGUCAAGUCGUCAGUAGGGAGGUGGUCCAGUCGCAAGCUGUACUUCACACUCAGCUGAACAGCAGAAAGGUGGAACGCCUUCAUCCACCGGAUCAGAUUGAUCAUAAAUCAGUGAUGCCUGGAAUACGGCACGAAGAGCCAGGCGUGACGGGUUUGGCAUCUCUCGCGAAAAGCGAUGAAGGUGGGGUUGUAUACUCCGCCCUUCGGUUUCAGGAUCAUUGUAAGCAACACCUUCCAUCUGAGCCAGUGAAGACGCCAGGAACAAAAGAAGAGUGGAUCGUGUAUGCGGCUGUCAGUGUGCGGCAGUUGUAAUGUAUUAAUUUCUGAACGCAAGCGGGG